AUGGCCUCGCUCGGGCCCCCCGGCGCCCUGGGGGCCCCCCCGCCCCGCGGGAGCCUCCCCCCGGGGCGGGGGUCGCUGCCCCCCCCCUACGCCGUGGUGCUCAUCUCCUGCUCGGGGCUGGUGGCCUUCGUCCUCCUCCUCCUCACCUGCCUCUGCUGCAAACGGGGCGACGUCGGCUUCAAGGAGUUCGAGAACCCCGAGGGUGAGGAAGACUCCGGGGAGUUCACGCCGCCGCCCGAGGAGACGUCGUCCUCCCCCUCCCCCUCCCUGCCCGACGUCUACGUCCUGCCCCUGGGCGAGGUGGGGGGGCCCGGCCCCCCGCCCCCCCCCGCCG